AUGGUAGCUUGUGAGCAUGGAGUGUUCGACAGAGAAAACCAGAGGAUGAAAGACGUCUCCUAUCUCCUCGUCGAUAGGCUAGAGAUCAGGAACAUCCUCCCCAAUACAGAGAGAAUGAAGCCCUCCUGGCAAGUAUCCCACGAGCUCCCUCCCCGGUGGUAUGACUGGCUCUGGCAUUUUUUCCCAAGAGAUAAACGAUACACAGUGCAUCAUAGCGUGCCUGUCGAAUUGAAUCACCUUGGCAAGGCGCGCAGGAUCUUGCUAACUGGAGGUGAACUUAGCGAGGACCAAAAGACCUUGCUAGCCGAGAACGAGCUAACCGAGGAGGAAAAGACCUACUUGAAUGAACAUACACUUACCGACGAGCAAAAGGCCUUGCUGGCUCAGGAGGGCCCGAAGCCCCUCACGCAAUCUGCCCAGACCAAGUAUGAACGAGUGAUUGUCAUUUGCCCCAACAAUUUCGGUUCCAUGCCUGGCAGAAAUAUUUGUUUUACACUUCUGGCUGGGCCGUUGGAGAAUUAUAGUAUCUUGGAAGAGGCGUUAACGGAUAAUUUUGAACAUAUCAAGAGUCUGCGGUUGGUGCCUACGCCGGUGCGAUUGCUCGCGGGGGCAUGGCAGAGUGGUGUUUUGACUCUCUAUGAGGGGUUUCAUAAUAGAGAGGAGAUUAGAAGAGUGAGCAUCGCGACAUUUGAUACCUUUCCUAUCGAUAAUGAGAUUGUGCAGAGUCGUCGUCAGAUUCAUCCCCUGGUGGUGGAGUUCUUUCAGGAUAUUAGACUCGCUAAUCAACCCACUUGGGUCCAGUACUGGUUUGACUCAUAG